AUGAAGGUGGAAUUGGUUUUUCCAAAUGAAUGACUGAGGCUUCUGCAAUCCAAGGGAGACAAUAGCAUGUUGUCUAUGACAGGUUACUCUUCACUUUGUAGGCUGACUAACGUUGACAAGGUGUUCGAUAAUUGCACUACUAAUAGAACAACUACUGCCUUUCUGCAACAAUGUGGUGGGAAAGCGUUCUUGAUUCCUUGUAGACGGAAUACUCGUCGAACGACCAAUAUGCGUUGCUUCACUGCUACAGGUCAACUGAUAUAUGCAUAUAACACUGGUCAUGUUAUCAUGUCUUUUGAGCUUCUCCAGAAUAAUGGACGCCUAGAGCAUACAUUUUUUAGCGUUUCUGUAAGAAAGUUCCGCUCAAAAAUGCCGAAAUUCCCAUCUUAGGGAAUUCCAGGUUCUUGCAAAGUUCCUUUCUCUGGAACAAGUAAUAUUUCAUUCCCCUGAACUUUUUGUGUGAUAUUCUUGUCAAUAAAUCCCAGAUUGGGUAUCCAUUUUUGAUGAAGAUUCCUUAAAGGAGAUCUGGUUCCGAUUCUAGGGUGUCAGGACUAAAGAUAUGUUGGACCCAAAUAUCAAGGGAUUUUUAAUUACAUUUU